AAAAAAAAGAAACGACUCCGACGAAGCGAUCUGUUCUGUACUUCUGUUUACAGCGCAUCCAUUCCACAACCAAACACCCAAAACAGCACAGAUUUUGAACCAUGGUAGAGAAGAGAAGAGAAGAAAGAGAGCGAGCGAGCCCAUGACGGCAGCAACGAACGUUUGAUUACUGAAAUCGAUUAGCUGCCUCCGGUGUCUUUGUUAGUUUCUAUGUCCGCCGGGCGAAGACGGAGAUCACUGCCGCACCGCAUCUUUGUCCCAUCUCCCUCACCGUCACCGACCAACUCGAUUCACUCAAUUCCCCUCUGAAACGUCGCCAUCGCUGCCCAGUCCCCCGCCUCCCACGCUAGCGGCCGGCAGCAUCAACGCCCAACGCUGCUACUCAUCAUCUGAAAUCCCAAGGCGGACUGUGCUACUUCUCUCUCUGACUCCGCCUCUCCACUUUCCCCCCCCAAAAAUGGCGACCAACUUGCCGAUGACUCCUCAGAUGGAGCAGAUCCACGGCGAGAUCAACGACAAUUUCCGAGCUCUCUCAAAUGGGUUCCAGAGGCUUGAUAAGAUUAAAGAUUCUAAUCGGCAGAGUAAGCAGCUCGAGGAGCUUACUGGCAGGAUGAGAGAAUGCAAAAGAUUGAUCAAGGAGUUCGAAAGUGAAAUCAAAGAUGAGGGGACCAGAAAUCCACCCGAGGUCACUAAGCAACUUAAUGACGAGAAGCAAUCCAUGGUUAAAGAGCUGAAUUCCUAUGUGGCCUUGAGGAAAACGUACAUGAGUACUAACAAGAGGGUUGAACUAUUUGAUACUGGAGCUGGGGCCAGUGAACCUAUGGCGGAAGACAAUGCCCGUAUGGCAUCAGGUGAGUUCACAUUUCUUUUCAGGGUAUAUUCUCCAUUCCACACCCAGCACACAAACUGUAACGCGUUAAGACUCUUGCACUACCUGCCUGAACCUCUGAACGUCACUCUUGGUGUUUCUGUUUGUACAUCUCGACUGAUUGGAUUACUGCAUUGAGCCGUCUCUUUGCAUAGCCCCUCUUACUCCCUCUCCCCAGAGACGUUGUAAAAUUUGAUUAGUUGCGCAAUAAUUUAUGGAUGGUUGUUUUCAUGCGGUUUGUCUUUGCGAGGAAUGCAUUUCGUGUUGGCGCAAAGGAGAACUAUUUAUGAGAACGAAGUACCAUUGCUUGUUGUCUGGGCAUGAGGUGAUGGAUUAUGAUUUUUUUCGAAUGCCAACUCAUCAGAUGUUGAGUGUAGAUCGAAUGAAUUCGCCGGAAACGGUGAUGGAAUUUCACGAGCGUCGUAAUCUUUAUUUUGUGUUGUAUCUAUUGAGAGAAGAGAAUGAAUUGAUCGUGGAGGUUUAUGAGGACGAGACAAUACAUAAACUCGAUUGGUUCCUCAGACACUUGGCUGACA